UUCCGGCGACGCGGUGUAAUAAAAAAAAAUGACUAAAACAUCAGGUCAUCGACUAAUGCGAUUCUAACACAAAUGGUGGGGACGCGUCAAGGAUAAUCGUUGUCAGAACAGCCUAUCUUAAUUUCAUAUGCGCGAUAUCUCUCAAUGGAAAAUGUAUGUAUUCUCAUCUGCUUCUUGUGAAAUUUGGAGUUUGCCUUUCUUCGAUCAAAAAAUCUCGAGGAAAAAUUAUCAUUUUUCACACAACUAAGCAUAUUAAACAAGUGAAUUAAAAAAUUUUCUUGAAAUAAAAUCUACGCCAAGUUUAAUCGGGUGAACAAAUUUUCGCCGAGUUUUUUUUCUAUAUGGCAAAUUUCCAUUCUUACACUCUUCCCUAUUUUUGACGCGUCCCAAAGAAAUCGGAUAUCAGCAACGCAAAUAUUUUUCGUUUCUCGACGCUGUUAAACUCAAAUUCUCCAUCGUGAAUCAUUCUCGAUGAAUAUUUAUUAACUUCAUCAUCGUACGAGAAUAUGAAAUUGGAAGAUCGUCGUAUCGAUGACCUUAGAAAGGGCUUCCCGUCGCCGGCCUCUCGUGUUAAAUGACCGUGGGUAUUUUAGCGACAGCUACACCAUGAGGAAUUGAUCGCGAAAAAAAGACCCCCUCAUUAAUCUUAAAAUCCCCUAAUUAUAAAUUGCGAACGCUGAUACCAACAACGUGGUAAUAUUACGCUAACAUUAUACGACGCGUAAAACAUAUUGUUCAAAAGGUAUCUUAGUAUUUAAAGGAAAGGAAUUGUUUAACAUCCCUCUCGUUGGGAUAAUCUUCGAGUGGAUGUAUAAACAUGCGUUUUAAAAAUAUUCCUAAAACCGUAGUGCCGCCGUACGAAGUCGUGCCUGUGUUGCAUACGGUGCACAAAAGGAGUGUGGACGCGAAACCACAGAUUCAUCUGAAGGCCUUCGGCAAAGAUAUCAGCCUUUCGUUAAAGCCCACGAAAGGCUUGUUGACGGCCAACAGCCUGCCAAUGUGGACCGUCACCAGAAAUACAUCGCAACCCGACGGCCUUCAUUAUGAGAGGGUAAAGGAUGUUGAUGUGGAUAUCGGUGACAUUUAUCAAGACACGGAGAACAUGGCUUCCAUUCUACUACACCGGGACACGAAUGGGAAAGUGCGCGUUGACGGAACCAUCGGUUCAGAAUUAGUUAUUCGACCACUGCCAGAACGAGUUUUACAGGAAGUAAUGAGCGAGGCAUCAGCCCUCCACGAACCCGAAUUACUGCCCAAUGUAACUAGAAGCGAAAACUUAAAACGCACAAGUCAUCAUAUCGUUUUUAAAAAAAUUGAUCGAUCUGUCGGCGAUGAAUAUAACGAUUUUUCGUUUAUGGAGCCGGAUCACUUAGCCAAGAGAUACAGAAGCAAACGUUCGAUCAAUAACAGAUCGAAGCGUGAAGCACCGUACGUUAUUUACCCGGAAAUCCUCUGCAUUGUGGAUUAUGACGGGUACAGAUUGCACGGCGGUGACAACGUACAGAUAAAGAGAUACUUCGUAUCCUUUUGGAACGGAGUAGAUCUGAGGUAUAAGUUACUGAAAGGGCCAAAAAUACGUAUCAGUAUAGCGGGAAUAAUUAUUUCACGGGGACGAGACGCGACGCCGUAUUUGGAAAGAAAUCGCGUGGGAAGAGACGCAAUUGACUCGGCAGCUGCUCUCACUGACAUGGGCAAAUAUCUUUUCCGGGAGAGGAGACUUCCUGUAUACGACAUCGCCGUUGCCGUUACAAAAUUAGAUAUGUGCAGGAGGCAAUACGCGAAUGAUGUGUGCAAUAGAGGAACCGCAGGAUUCGCCUAUGUUGGCGGAGCGUGCGUCGUAAAUAAGCGUCUCGAAAAAGUGAAUUCGGUCGCUAUCAUCGAGGAUACUGGUGGAUUCAGCGGUAUCAUCGUCGCUGCGCACGAAGUGGGCCAUCUAUUGGGCGCCGUUCAUGACGGUUCACCUCCGCCGAGUUAUCUAGGUGGACCGGGCGCCGAGAAGUGUCGAUGGGAAGAUGGAUACAUCAUGAGCGAUCUUAGGCACACCGAGAAAGGCUUUAAAUGGUCGCACUGCAGCGUGUCCUCCUUCCAUCACUUUUUAAAUGGUGAUACAGCGACUUGUUUAUACAAUGCCCCUCACGAGGAUGAGGCAUUGCCCAGAGUACUUCCGGGAAAACUUUUAUCCUUAGAUGCGCAAUGUCGGAAAGAUCGUGGAACAAGCGCUUGUUUCAAAGACGAUCGGGUUUGCGCUCAGCUAUUCUGUUUUGAUGCUGGAUCCGGAUACUGCGUGGCGUAUCGUCCAGCAGCAGAAGGUUCGCCUUGCGGAGAUGGUCAGUACUGCCUGAAUGGAAAGUGCGUGGCGGAGCACGAAAACAUAAUACCGGAUUAUACGCAGAACAUUCCGACCUACGUACGCCGAGACAGCAUAUUUAAUCCUACGCUGCAUAAUCGGCCGAUAUUCGCUCAGUAUAACAACACAGACUACAGGUAUCCAUGGGAAUCAACGACACUGAGCACACCAUUAUCGAGUAUAAUCGCGUCGACGACACCGACGACAAUAACGACACUAUCGACUUACAAACGUGUCGCAAUACCGGGCGUAACUACGCUGUCGAAAUAUACACAGACAACCGUUAAUAAUUUAUACACCGAUCGAUAUAAGACUAAAUACAGUAGCAAUAAUAAUAAUAAUAGCGGCAUUGGUGGCGGCAUCAGUACCACCACUCGGAGAAGCGUUACCAAUUUCUUCAACUCGUACUACACUGUCAGUACCACUUCAAAGGUCAUUAACGGUCCAAAAAUUAAUCCGUUCAAAUAUAAAAGCGUGAUGUCACUUUCCACAACGACCAAAGGAUAUCAAAACGGCCUUCGAAAUGACGGCCGCGGAACAGAGGCCGGUGAAUGCACGGACGUGGGGUCAGAUUGCGCGGAGAUGAUUGACAGGCUGAGAACAUGGCUGUGCCAUUUACAAUCUGUGAAGAGUCGCUGCUGCGCGUCCCUGAAAGCUAUCUGUGCUGAUUAAUAUGUAAUGACAUAAAAAAAGGAAAAAGAAAAUCGUUUCGAUAGUUUGUUCGUUGACGUCACGUUUAAACGCCCGCACGGGGAUACUGACAAACAUAUUAUCGUUUCGUCGUCGUGACGCAUCCGGAAAAAGCAUUAAUGGAAAAAAAGAAACCUAAACAGAGAGCCCUUUUCUCCUCUCGUUAUUUCUCUCCCUUUUUUUCGGAAGAAACCUCAAUUUCUUUGUAUUAUUUCUCGAUUGCUACUUUACAAGUAAGUCCAAAAGUAUCUCAUACCUCUAGAUAUAAUUUCUUACGUUGUAAUACAGUAUCGCGAAAGCUUCACAACAGGUGUACCGAAUGUAGCGAAUCUAAAAAAACAAAGCGGACUGUCAAUUAGUAAUGAUAUUUCGGCUAUGUUUUUAUUUAUUCGAUGUAAGAAGCGAUCUCGCAAAAAACUUGUUACAGGCACAGAUGCGUAUGUUUCGCAAGCGUAAGCGCACGCUGAUGGAGCUUAGAAAUAACAGAAAUUGUAUAGCGCAAGACAAUAAAUGGGAAUAAUUAAAAUGUC